UUUUGAUCUUAAUAUAAUUUGUGUUUUUAGUGUUUAAAAUUUGAACUUGGCAAUUUCAAAAUUUUUUUAAUUACAAAUUAUCUACUUUGAAUUUUUUUUUUCAAUCAUUAAUGGCUUUUGGAUCCUGUCUUCAGUCAAAAUUACAAUCACUGAUAUGUGUUUUACAUUUAUGACAUCGAGAUUUGAUAUAUUUUUAUAACAUUGAUUGGAUUAAAUAUUUAUCAUCAUGCCUCAUCAUUAUGGUCCUGAACUUUCUAUGCAAAUUCGUCCUGAAAAGCGGCUAACAAAAGAUGCCAUGGAAAGAUAUCUACGUGAUAGGAAUGAUUUAGUUUUAGUUAUUCUUCAUGCUAAAGUAGCACAAAAAUCAUAUGGUAACGAAAAACGCUUUUUCUGCCCACCGCCAUGUGUGUAUUUAUUUGGCAAUGGUUGGAGUUUGCGUCAACAGCAGCUUAUGAGAGAAGGUGUGACAGAACCCAAUUCUCAAAUGAGUGCAUUCAUCGGUAUCGGAAGUGCGGAUCAAGAUUUACAGCCACUUGAUCUUAACAAUAAUAAACAGUAUUGCGCUGCCAAAACAUUGUUUAUAUCUGAUUCUGACAAGCGCAAACAUUUUAUGCUCAUGGUUCGGAUGUUUUAUAAUAACGGGUACGAUAUUGGGACGUUUCACAGUAAAAGAAUUAAAGUUAUAUCCAAACCUUCGAAAAAGAAACAAUCGUUAAAAAAUGCAGACUUAUGUAUUGCUAGUGGAACAAAAGUGGCAUUAUUUAAUAGGCUUCGGUCUCAAACAGUGAGCACACGUUAUUUACAUGUUGAAAACGGAACUUUUCACGCUAGCUCAACUCAAUGGGGAGCUUUCAUAAUUUAUUUAUUAGAUGACGACGAAAGUGAAAGUGAAGAAUUUAAUGUUAGAGACGGUUAUAUUCAUUAUGGCAGCACAGUAAAGUUGGUAUGCAGUGUAACUGGAAUGGCUUUACCACGAUUAGUCAUCAGAAAAGUAGACAAGCAAACCGCGUUACUGGAAGCCGAUGAUCCCGUUUCACAACUUCACAAAUGUGCGUUCUAUAUGAAAGACACCGAUCACAUGUAUUUGUGUUUAGCACAAGAACGUAUCACAAAUUUCCAAGGUACAGCUUGUCCUAAGAGUCCAAACAAAGAAAUGAUUAACGAUGGAGCUUGUUGGACUAUAAUUAGUACGGACAAAGCCGAAUAUCAAUUCUAUGAAGGAAUGGGACCUGUAAACUCUCCAAUAACACCAGUUCCGGUAGUACACGGGUUAAAUACUAAUGGGGGAGGAGAUGUCACUAUGUUGGAAUUGAGUGGUGAAAACUUUACACCUCACUUACAAGUUUGGUUUGGAAAUGUUGAAUCUGAAACCAUGUUUCGUUGUCAAGAAAGCAUGAUAGCAGUCGUUCCUGAUAUAUCUUCAUUCAGAGGAGACUGGUCAUGGGUAAAACAUUUAACACAGGUGCCUGUAUCACUAGUAAGAAACGAUGGAAUUAUUUAUGCUACUGGUUUGACAUUUACAUACACUCCUGAGCCAGGACCAAGAAAUCGCGUUACACACGCUAAUGAAAUAAUGAGAACACCGAAUUCAAAUCAUAAUUAUUCUCUUUCACACAUAUUGAGUUGAUAUCUAGAAAAAAUUAUUAUAGUUUCAUAAAUGACUGAUCAAUUUGUUGUCAAAUGUAAUAUUAGUAAUAAUUUUAAGGAUAUUAUUUUAUUUUUGAUUAAAUUUUUAUUCAAUUGAAAAAUGAUUGCUCAAAUCAAAUUAAAUGUUGUACAUUCUAUAUUUAUACAUGUAUUAUAUUUUGAAUUAUUUAUGUUUUC